AUGUUGUUAUCUAGGAAAUUAGUACCACGAACGAUAGCAGGCCUAGUCUGCAGAACCUACUCAGCCGAUGUGAAUAGAAACUAUGACAUCGUAGUAGUCGGCGGGGGCAUCGUUGGUACUGCAUCGGCCCGAGAAAUUUUGCUCCGACAUCCGACACUGCGGAUCGCGAUCGUGGAGAAGGAACCGAAGCUAGCCUUUCACCAGAGCGGACACAAUAGUGGUGUGAUCCAUGCGGGCAUUUACUACAAACCGGGCUCGCUGAAAGCGAAACUGUGCGUUGAGGGAUUGCAUUUAAGCUACAAGUAUUUGGACGAAAAGAACGUACCGUACAAGAAAGUGGGCAAGCUGAUUGUGGCCACAAAUCCGGUCGAAGUGGAACGAUUGAAUGACCUGUAUCAACGUUCGCUCGCCAAUAAUGUGCCCGACGUGCAGUUGGUGGACGAGGCCAAGAUCAAGGAGAUCGAACCUUACUGUGAGGGACUGAAAGCGAUCUGGUCGCCCCACACGGGUAUCGUCGAUUGGGGCCUUGUAACGCAGUAUUAUGCGCGCGAUUUCAAAUCCGCUGGCGGAGAUGUGUACGUGAACUUCAAGGUGGCCAAAUUUGCGGAAGCAUCCGACAACGUUGACUAUCCGAUCGUGGUGCGCAGUGCGAAGGGUGAUGAAAUACGUGCCCGCAAUAUACUGACCUGUGGUGGAUUGCAGUCGGACAAGCUGGCGGAGAUGACCGGUUGUCCGUCGGUGCCUAAAAUUGUCCCAUUCCGGGGCGAAUAUCUGCUGCUCAAUAAGGACAAGUGCCAUAUGGUGCGGGGAAACAUUUACCCGGUGCCGGAUCCACGGUUUCCAUUUUUAGGGGUACAUUUUACGCCCCGCAUGGAUGGAAGCGUGUGGUUGGGACCGAAUGCUGUGCUUGCGUUCCGACGGGAAGGCUACAAAUGGUCGGAUAUCAAUGUGCCGGAGUUGAUUGACGCGCUACGGUUUCCUGGCUUCAUCAAAAUGGCUUCCAAGUUUGUCGGUGCGGGCCUGAUGGAGAUUGCCCGAUCGGCGCUAAUACCGCUGCAGGUGCGUGAGCUGCAAAAGUUUAUUCCGGAUAUACACGAAUACGAUGUGGCACGCGGUCCGGCCGGUGUGCGUGCUCAAGCACUCGAUAACGAUGGCAAUCUGGUGGACGAUUUUGUGUUCGAUCAUGGGAAGGGCGAUUCGGCCCUGUCGAAAAACAUUCUACACUGCCGCAAUGCUCCAUCGCCCGGUGCAACGAGUUCACUUUCGAUCGCCAAGAUGAUUGCCGAUAAGAUCGAGCAAGAGUUCCACAUUGGAAAGUGA